ACCACGCCACCAACACCAUCUCGCUCCCUCGCCUUGGAUCCUAGCGCACGCGCACUCCCGUUCUCCGCUCCACCGACCACCGCCCGCUUCCUCUUCCCCCCAUGGUGGCAUUGUGAGUUUGUGGCCGUGCCUCCAGGUGGUCGCGUCGCGCGCGCACGCUCCGCCGCUGCGCUUCUGACCCCUGUCGCCGCGCCGUGGCGUGGCGUGCGGGCUUGCCGAUCCCUCUCAGGUCUUUACGGGUUGUUGGGAAAGCGGAGGAGGUCAGGAGGAGGAGGAAGGCCGCCGCUGCCGCUAGCGCGCGCUAGGUGGCUCGGCUCACGGGUUCUAGGCCGCCCCGCGGCGCGCGCCUUUCUUUUCACUCACACGGAAAGUGCCCGUGCCCGUGCCGCCCGCCCGCCGCCCCGCGCGGCCUGGCCGUAACAUCCGAACCGCCCCCAAUGGCGACACCACGGGCUCCUCAACACCACCACCACCACCACCACCCUCUUUGGUAUUAGUAGGAGCGGCUGCAGUCCAGCGCCCCCACUCGUCGGUCUCUCCCCCGCCGCGCGCGUGUGCUGCUCUUCUUGCGCCGAGCGCUGCUUGCUUGGCGCCGCGCCGGUUGUCGAUGAGCAUGGGGCGCUUCGCCAACUCGACGGAUCCGAGGUCGGGGCUGGAGGUGCUCAGGGACUGGAACGGGGUCGCACAGGUCGUGCUGCGCUCGCCCAAGGGAGCCUCCGCGCGGGUGAGCCUGCACGGCGGCCAGGUAGUCUCCUGGAGGAACGACCGCGGCGAGGAUCUCCUCUUCACCAGCAGUAAGGCAAUCUUCAAGCCGCCAAAUGCGAUGCGAGGUGGAAUUCAGAUGUGUUUCCCACAGUUUGGGUAUUCUGGGACAUUGGAAAGACAUGGAUUUGCAAGAAACAGGAUAUGGGCCCUGGAUGAUGAGCAUCAACCAAUAAAUCAUAAUGAUAACGUUAGCAAAGUUUCUGUUGACCUUAUACUAAAGCCAUCUGAAGAUGACCUCAAGUGCUGGCCACAUUGUUUUGAAUUCCGUCUGAGGGUCUCUCUUUCAAAAGAUGGGGACCUGUCAUUAGUCUCACGCAUCAGGAAUGUCAAUGGCAAGCCAUUCAGUUUCUCAUUUGCUUAUCACACAUAUCUUUCUGUUUCUGACAUCAGUGAGGUGAGGAUAGAAGGUCUGGAGACCCUUGAUUAUCUUGACAAUCUUAGCCACAAAGAACGGUUUACAGAACAAGGAGACGCCAUAACAUUUGAGUCAGAGGUCGAUCGAGUCUAUGUUAGCUCCCCAAAUGUAGUAGCAGUUCUUGACCAUGAGAAGAAACACUCAUUUGUGAUAAGAAAGGAAGGACUUCCUGACGUUGUUGUAUGGAAUCCGUGGGAAAAGAAAUCAAAGACUAUGGUGGACUUUGGUGAUGAGGAGUACAAGCAGAUGCUUUGUGUUGAUGCGGCCGCGGUGGAGAGAGCAAUCACCCUGAAACCAGGGGAGGAGUGGACAGGGAAGCUGGAGCUUUCUGCAGUUUCAUCCACCAAUUGCAGCGAUCAUCUUGAUCAUCCCGUCAGCAUCUAGCGUGUAAUGUGGAAGUUCACAUUUCUUAGUGCUAUAUGUAUUUGCCUCAUAAGAGAAGUAAGAACCUCCUUUGUACAUCAGGGAUAAGUAGGUGCAUCUAUGAUCAGUCAGCUGCUCAAAUUGAUUCUAGAAUCGAACAAUUCUAUUGUAACCUGGUCUCUGGAAUCUCAAUAAUGAUAGUAGCGCUUUGCUUCAGGCACAAUG